AUAGAUAUAGAAGAUGAUCAUCUUGAUGAUGGCGAGUUGCAGCAAAUGAUUGAGUUUGCUGAUAGCGUAAGUGUUCAACAGUCUAUAACUGAGGCAGCCCAAAGUACCAAUGGUCUAUCUGCACCUCAACCCACUGUGCUAACAUCUUCUAUAAGUACAUCUUCUAUCAGUAUAGUGGAACCACCAUCCUCUAGCAGCACAAGCAAUGAGCAGCCCACUCAAAGUCCAAGUAACCAAUCAGUACCUCAUCCAUCCUUACUGUCCUUACCAUCAACCAGCCAGGAAGGUUAUGAAGAGGCCAACAUUAGCAAUACCCACAGCAGCUGGUCUAUGCCCAGAGUGAUUUGUGAGAAAUGUAGCUGUACAUUUCCUCUUGGAGAACAAUGCAUACGUUGUAUACAGAAUGAAGAGUUGGAAGCAUCAUUAGCUAAAGAUGCAUCCCCUCCCUCAGAGCCAGAAGAGGAACACUAUGCUGAGCCCGAUGUUGUGCAACUGAGGAAUUUUCGCCUUGCACGUCUAAUGGAUGUUGAGGAUGAUUCAGCUGUCCACGAGCAUUCAAAUCACCCUAGAUAUGAAAUCCUGAGUGAUCCACCAGAAGUGCUGGAACCAACACCAGAAGUCCUGAAAGUCCAUCGUAUUAGCAUAAAAGCAGAUCUAAUCAAGGGAUUCAAAGAUCCAGGCAUUUUGAAUAGACAGAUAGGAUUUAAAAUUAUUAAUGAAAGGGGUGAUCUUGAAGCAGGGAUUGGUGUUGGUAUUGCUCGUGAAGUUUACACACUAUUCUGGAAUGAAUUUUCCAUUAGUAUGACAAUAGGUGAACGGGAAAGGGUACCAUUCAUCAGGCAUGACCACUUCAUUGAAGAAUGGGAGGCAAUAGGUCGCAUUUUAGUUAAAGGGUAUGCCUCUGUUUCCUAUUUUCCUACAUUUUUUUCCAAGGCAUUUUUUUGCUUUUGCCUAUUUGGUAAAGAGGUUACUGAUAAUUUAUUUAUUUGCUCCUUUAAGCGCUAUUUAUCACAACUAGAAGAGGAUCUGGUUGAAAGUGUCCUCAGGAAUAAUGACCUCCCAGGUGAAGAGGAAGAAUUUCAAGAUUUCCUUGAAAGGUUUAAUUGCAGGUCCCAUGUAAAAAAAGAAAAUGUCAUCAGAGUUUUACUAGAAAUUGCAAAGCAAGAGCUUGUUCAAAAGCCCCACCUCAUGGUUGCAGCAUGGCAGCCAAUUCUGCAGCAAGGAUUGAAGCCGUAUAAGCAGUUUCAAUCAAUUGAAGCAGUUUUGGAACAAUAUGAAACACUUAAGCCCACACCCAAGAAAAUCCUUGACAGUCUGUUAUGCAGUCCAACCACUGACACAGAGAGAGAAGUGUUUAAGUUUUUACAGCAGUUUAUCAGAGGUCUUGACACAACUAAGUUGGUACAGUUCCUGAGAUUCACCACAGCAAUGGAUGUAAUGGGGGGACAAAAGCUACAGAUAGCAUUUGUCAGGACUGAGGGUUUUAGUUCCACACCAGUGGCACAUACAUGUUCUCCAUUACUAGAGAUUCCAUCUACAUACAAUAACUUUGUGGAACUCAGAGAGGAAUUUACUAACAUCCUCAAUCGCAACAACUGGGAGAUGGACAUYAUGUAG